AUGAGGCCAAGCGACCCAAAUUGGAAGGGCAAGCUAAAGCUACUACCAGCUUAUCUCGACGAAAGCGCGAAGAAGGAUCCAAACCGUGUAAUAGCCGCUAUUGCCAAUGGUGAUGAAGUGUCACUCGGCUUCAGAGAUAUCACCGUCAGACAGUUUGCGGAUGCUGUUGACCGCGCUGCGUGGUAUAUCCAUCGGGAAAUUGGGCCCGGCAAUACAUUUGAGACGUUGACAUAUGUUGGACCGAAUGAUCUUUGUUAUCCCAUCAUUGCUAUUGCAGCUGGUAAAGUCGGGUACAAGAUCUUUUACACAUCGACUCGAAAUAGCUUUGAGGCUCACAAAUCCUUGAUGCAAGCGACAGAUUGCAAGAUAAUUGCGACGCCGUCACGGAUCCCCGCUGGAAUCGCGCCCGUCAUCGACAGACUCAAGCUUCGGCAUCUUGUCUUUCCGGGAGUCCUUCAUUGGCUAUAUGAAGCUUUGGAGGAAACAAGACCAUAUAAUUUUGACCGCUCUUUCGACCAAGGACGGUUGGAUCCUUUCAUGGUUCUACAUACGUCUGGCUCCACAGGCAUACCAAAGCCCAUGGUGUUCCCUUAUUCGAUGUACAGCACCCCUCAAUUAUUCUCUUUCUUUCCUGAGGAAGGUGGUAGAAGAACUGUGAUUCAAUUUUUCAUCGAAAAGUCGGGAAGGCUUCUCUCCCCAUUCCCAAUGUUCCAUGGAGCUGGAAUCUUCCUUUUCUUCGCUUUCGGCCUCCACUGGAAUGUCAUUCCAGUAUUGCCCCCAACUCGACCACUUACGGCGCAGCUAGUCGACGAAAUCCACUCGAGCGGUGCUGUGACCUGUUCAAUGGUUCCUCCAGCAAUCUUGGAGGAUAUCGCAAUGGACGAGAAAAUGCUCAAGAACCUUGAACGGCUUGAUUAUCUCACAUAUUCUUCAGCACCACUCUCAUUCGAGGCGGGCGAAAAGUUGUCACGCCACGUCAGACUGGUCCAGCAGUAUGCACAGACAGAAACAGGGUUCUUGCACCAGUUCCUGGUGGAUCCUGAGGAUUUCCGCUACGUUUCCUACUCGUCACUAUCGAAUAUAGAGUUCCAACAUCGUUAUGAUGACUUGCAUGAGCCUGUGAUGGUCAAGAAAGAAGGCCUCGAAGAUUUUCAAAUUGGGUUUUUACUUGAACCGUCCUCGAAUGCUAUUGCAAUGCGAGAUCUUUGCAAGCGACACCCCGAUCCAGAGAAGGGAGACCUUUAUACCGUCUGUGGCAGAUUAGACGAUGUCAUUGUGUUCCAAAACGGAGAGAAGCUCAAUCCCCUGACUAUGGAAGACACCGUCAAUCAGCAUCCUGGAGUAUCCUCAAGCCUCGUGGUAGGACAUGGCAGGUUUCAAGCUGCUGUUCUGGUUGAACCAGUCAGUGAUAGAGCAAACACUCCGACGGCUACCACAAACUUUCUUGAUGAACUAUGGCCUACGGUCGAGCUAGCGAAUCGAGACUGCCCCGCACACGGAAGGAUUGUGAAAGAGCUUGUAUUGAUCCUGCCUCCCAACGUCUCGCUCAUAAUGUCUGAGAAGGGUCGACCAUCCCGGCCAGCCAACGCGAAACUAUUUGAAGACCUGAUCGAGAAUGCGUAUCGACGAGCAAGCCUAUCUAAUACGGUGGCCUCUGUCGAGCUAAAUCUCGACGGCUCUGAUGAGGAAGUCAGAGACCAAGUGCGCCAGCUUGUUCUAAGCACUACUACAGUUGAAAGCUUGGGAGACGAAGAGGAUUUUUAUACUAACGGCGUUGAUUCUCUGCAAACAGUACAGCUCUCCCGCUUGCUGACCGCAACACUCAAUAACAAAAAUGUCAAAGACCGUGGCAUCAUGCCAUCCCUCAUCUACGAAAACUCCACCAUUACUCGGCUAUCAUCAGCUCUUCUCGCAAUCUCCAGAGCGGAGGGCCACGCUAUUCCCAAAGACUUUGCCAAGCAACGUUCGGAAGGCAUCCACGCUGCUAUUGCCAGACACAUGCCUGACUUUGGGCUCGACCACAAGAGGGUUGUUGUGCUUACAGGCUCUACCGGAAGUCUCGGCUCAUAUCUCCUUGAAGCAUUGAUAAGUGACUCCAAAGUGGAACGAAUCUAUUGUUUCAAUAGAACGAGUGACGCGGCCGAUCGACAGGCUGCCGGUAACUCGAUGCGUGGCCUUUCCGGACAGUUUGAUCCUGCGAGAGUAGUGUUCUUACGAUAUGACGUCUCCCGACAGGAUUUGGGCCUUGAUCCGGACACCUACACCAAACUCUCCACCAGUGUCACAGACAUCAUCGACAAUGCUUGGGCAGUUAAUUUUAAUCGCACACUAUCGUCGUUCGACAACAAUAUCUCGGGCGUUCGGCACUUGAUUGCAUUCGCGCGGAAAUCGGCACUCCGACCCAGCCUCUUCUUCACGUCCAGCGUCGGAACGGCACGCCGCUGGUGGUUGGCAGGCAACGAGGGUCCUGCGCCUGAAGAUGUAGUUCCAGACGUGGAUGCAGUUGAAUUUGGGGGAUAUCCCGAGUCCAAAUACGUGGCCGAGAAAUUACUCGAGUCUGCGUGGACCCAUGCAGGAGUCGACGCCUGUAUUCUUCGCGUCGGACAGAUCGCUGGACCCAUUCGCUCGCAGAAAGGAAGAUGGAACGAACAGGAAUGGCUACCAACGCUUAUCAGCUGCUCCGGUCAGCUGGGAAUGCUACCUGUGGACAUUAAGGACUUGGGAGUUAUUGAUUGGAUUCCCAUUGACGCGGUCGCAGAUGUGAUCAUCGACUUAAUGCACCACCGCCGGGAGAAAAGGGCAAGAAUACCAGUCUAUAACUUGGUCAAUCCUCGCCCGGAAGCUUGGGAGAAACUUGUGCCCACGAUCCAGAAGGUUCUAACUCGCUCCACGGGGCAUGAGAUCAGGCUCGUCAGCUACGAGGAGUGGCUGGAGUCUCUGAUUAAGGUCGAAUCCACCUUGGAAACUGACGAAGAGUUAAAACGAAACCGUGGGGUAACGUUAUUGGACUUCUUCCGGGGUGUGGCUGAUGCAAGGAACAGUUCUGUCACCAGGUGGGCAACUGGGAAGGCACAAGAGGCCAGCAAAACGCUGAGGGAUGUUGAUGCGGUGAAGCCAGAGUGGAUGGAGCUAUGGAUGUAUCAAUGGGGUUUCGGUGCAUUCAAGGAGCCGAACGGGUUGUAG